AUGGCCCAAAACGCCCCUUCGGAGUACAUCACGCUCGUCUCGAGCGAUGGCUUCGAAUUCGUCGUGCUCCGCGAGGCUGCUAUGAUAAGCACCGUCAUCAAGAGCAUGAUCGAUCCACGAAGUGGUUUCAAGGAAGCCAUCACUGGGGUUUGCCGAUUCCAGGAAAUCAGUGGACCCGUGAUGGAGAAAGCUGUCGAGUACUUCCACUACUGGUAUAGAAACAAGGACAGCAGCGAAGGAGUCCAAGAUAUGGAUAUCCCUGUCGAGUUCUGCCUUGAACUCCUCGUUGCGGCGGAUUUCCUGGGAUUAGACACUUAA